AACCACUGCAACAGACAAACUGCUCUGUAUUAAUCCCAGUGUUCGUGUUGUGCAGAGCGGGCCAAUAGUGGUACCCAUCCCAGACGGUCUUACGGUGGGGACGUCCAUGAGCUACAAGAUUACAGUUCCCCAGGAUAUCCCGAGCUUUAGCAUUGACCUGAUGGGCGGGGAGGCUGCAGGCUGCGACCUAGCGCUCCACUUCAACGCCCAAUUUGAGCCAGAAGAGGUGGCGGUGUUCAACAGCUUCCAGAGCGGCGCCUGGGGACAGGAGGAGAGGGUCGCUCCGAUAGCCUUCCAUAGGGGGGAUAGCUUUGAGCUGUUCUUCACGGUCACCAAAGCGGGCUACCAGGUGAAAGUGAACGGCACUGAUUUCCACAUGUUCGCGCACCGCAUUCCGGUGGAGCAUGUGACCACCAUGCAGAUCAGUGGGAACAUCAACCUGGAGACCGUCAACAUCUUCCUGGGAGGAGUUUUCGACAUGGGGUGUCUCGAUCCAAUGGCGGUUUCUGGAUCUAUGGGCGGCCAGUGGACUUGUGAAGUAAAGGAGAUUCCGAUGUGAUGUCAGAAAUCCAACAUUAAUUCUUUACGGGAGUAACAGUAUUUUCCAUAUCAUGAUCCGCUUUGGGAAAUCAGAGGUUUUAGGUGUUUGCAAAUGUUUGACUCCACUGUACCCCGACCUUCGCCCUGGAAAACAUUGAUAUCACUGUUUCAACACCUCUGUUCUGAUGUCACUCUUCUGAUGCCCUGCUGAUGCCACUGUUAUAAUACCCUGCUCUCAUGUCACUGUUUUGAUGUCACUGUUCUGAUACCAUGCUCUGAUGUCACUGUUCUGAUACCCUGCUCUGAUACCAUGCCCUGAUGUCACUGCUCUGAUACCCUGCUUUGAAGCCCCCUCACAUCCUAGCUUUUAGUGCCAGAUGCCCACUCCAGAGUCCUCAGCUUCCAGCCUUAUUCCUCUGCCUUCCGCUCAUAUAGGCUGUUUGUUGCUGGUGAUAGGGGCUGUGUUUCACACAGUCAGUUAAUAAACACUAUCAUGCAUUCUAAA